AUGCAUUUCCUGGGCCAUCGCCGCACGGCGUCGCAGCAGAGCAUUGGUGAACAAAAGCAACAACAGCCGCAUCAACAGCGUCACCACCAGCACCGAUUGAGUGCAACUUCAGCGCUAUGGCAGGCGGCACAGGCCUUAGGCUCCAUUGGGGCCCCUGCCACGGCCGCCACAGCCGCUACGGCCAUCGACACCCGCCCGCCGCUGCCCAAUACACUGCCCUCAUCGUCUUCCUUGUCAACCAGCUCGAAGUUGCAGUCACAGCCUGAAAACCAGCACCAGCAGCAGGAGCAGGAGCCUGGACAGCAGGAGCACCACAACAGCCACUAUCAGCUGCAACAGCAAGAGCACCAGCAACGGCAGCAGCAGGACCACCACCACUACCUGCCACCCAACCACAACCCCAAUCAUCCUUCUCUAACAAUUUCGUCUUCUCCAACUUCAUCUCCUCAAUUCUCUCAAGGAGCCGCGACUGCGACUGGGCCACCUGUGCCCAAGAAACACGCCGUCGCCAACUUCUUCUACGAGGACGACUCCGAGCACCUCCAUCACCACGACCGCAAUCUCAACAGCAUCGCCGACGCCGCCGCUGCCCCUCCUGCCGCCCCUCCUGCCGCUACCGCUGCCGACUCCGCUUCGUCCCGCUCUCUCCAGCCUAAUCACCCUCACUCUUACUCCCAUUCCCAUUCCCACUCCUACUCAUACUCGCACUCCCCAUCCUAUCAUUCCCUCUCCCACUCAGAUUCCCGACAGCAGCGUGCUUCCAUCCCCCCUGCGUUGCUUCCGGUACUACAUGGCCAGCAGCUGCAUUGGGAUUCGACAUAUUCGCUGCCCGCCCACCCCAUUGCGACUGAGACAUCAGCGCCGACGGGCCAUUCCUCCUCCGUCACAUCGCCCUCCACGCCCUCUCACGCGCACUCUUCCUCUGUCGCGGCCAUGAACCAGCAACCCCAACCUACACAACAGCAGCAGCAACAACAGCCGCCGCCGCCGCAGCAGCAGCAGCAACAACAGUUUCCUCCUGCUGCACCGCGCAGAACAGGCACCUACAGCUCGCAACACGACGAAUUGCACAUGCCUGCUGGCAUGAUCCAGCACGGCCAGUUGUCACCCCGCGAAUACUCUUCAGCCACCACCUCCGCCGCUCCCCAGAUCAAGCUGGACCAGGCCUCCCCGAGCGCCUCCCAGUUCCAGAGCACAUCGUCGGUGCCCAACGUUCUACAACCUGGCGGAGCCGGUGGUCGUCCCCCCGCUAUCACUGCCAACACUGCGCCUACCCUGGCCAGCAUGCAACCCACCAUGCCUCAGCAGUCUCAGGACUAUUCGACGCCUUCGAAACCAAACUUGAACCUAUCUCACAGCUACUCCCGCUCCUCCCCUGCUGCCGGUUACGAAGGCGCUGCGACAUUUGCGCCCUAUACCCCCACGACCCCGAGCGGGUCGGGCUCUCAAUUCAUGUCGCCGCCAGACCCCAAGUAUAAUGCCCCGGGUUCGCAGCGCAACAUCUCCAACACCCCACUAGGCCUGGCUGAUAUCCGGCCUCGCGCGGACUCUAGCAUGUCAGAUGGUGUUCCUGGCAGCGUCGCUUAUGAGCUCGCCAAUGCCCAGCCCGGCACGAGCAAUUAUCUCGCUCCGUGGGCACUUUAUGCAUUUGAUUGGUGCAAGUGGCCUCCUCAAGGCAAUGGGGCCGGAAAGCUCGCCGUUGGAAGUUAUUUGGAGGACGGGCACAAUUUCAUUCAAAUCCUCGAUACCCAGAUGGUGCCAACCCCCAAUGACGUCUACCAGCCUGGCACUUCCAAGUACAAUCUUGAGUUUUCAAAGGUCGCCGAGGCCACACAUUCUUAUCCUGUGACGCGCUUGCUGUGGGAGCCACCUUCCUCUCAGAAGCAGUCAACGGACCUACUAGCGACCUCCGGGGACCACCUUCGCCUGUGGUCUCUGCCCUCUGAAAGUCCCGCUUCGCAGAGCAACUCAAUCAACCGACAGGGCAGGGAGCCUGCCGUCACGAAGCUGACACCUCUGGCUCUGCUCUCCAACUCCAAAACUCCCGAUCACACUGCGCCGCUUACUUCUUUGGACUGGAACACGGUCUCCCCAAGCUUGAUCAUCACAUCAAGUAUAGAUACCACCUGCACGAUUUGGGAUAUUCCUUCGUUGACCGCAAAAACGCAAUUGAUCGCCCACGACAAAGAGGUGUAUGACGUACGAUUUUGCGCCAAUAGUGUGGACGUGUUUGUGAGCUGUGGACAGGAUGGCAGUGUCCGUAUGUUUGAUUUACGCAGUCUUGAACAUAGUACCAUCAUUUACGAACCCACGGGCAAGGAUGAAAGAGGUAUACUUUUAUCCGACUUGACAUUUCAACGUGCCUUACUAACCCAAGAUGUUAGAUAUCAAUGGCGGGCGUAUCAGUCCCACUCUGGCGCAGCAAACCAUGUCCAACCCUCCCCCCUUACUGAGAUUAGCAACCUCACCUCACGAUACCCACUUGCUGGCUACAUUCGCGCAAGACUCUAA